AUGAGUUGUUUUUUAGACGGCAACGUUCAUUUUGUCUGCAAUUCAGCUAAAAGAUAUAAAUCAGAACACAUUUUCUUUGCUAAUCAGGCAUAUCUUCCCGGUGAAACACCAGAACCAUUGCGCAAUUACAGAGAAAAAGAGUUAGUGAACUUAAGAGGAGAUGGAAAUGGAAAGCUUGAGGAAUGGGCCAGAGUUUAUGACUACGGGUUAUACAAUUAUUUGGGUGAUCCAGAAAAAGGCAAACAGUAUGCCAGGACUAUCCUCGGAGGAUCGGCUGAGUACCCAUACCCUCGGAGAGGAAGAACAGGUAGAAAGACAACAAAAGCAGAUCCUAAAAGUGAAAGUAGGAUUCCACUACUUAUGAGUUUAGACAUCUAUGUACCAAGAGACGAGUGUUUUGGACACAUUAAGUUGUCGGACUUCCUGACAUAUGCUUUGAAAUCCAUUGUUCAGUUCCUUAUCCCCGAGUUUCAAGCUCUCUUUGAUAGCACACCUGAUGAGUUUGACAGCUUUGAGGAUGUACUGAAACAACUUGUAUUAUCUGUGCUCCAACUUUUGAUUGGAUUUAAAGGCUUUUUAUUCUGUAGAUAGUACUAACCACCAUGAUUCUCCAUAUACUAUUAGUCAGCUAUGUAAUAAAGCUCAAAAAUCGAUUAAGGCUGCAACAUGUAAUUGGUUUUGUUUAUUUCAUGACACGAGAUGAUAUCAUGCAUCUACAAGCAUAUUCAUACCGAAUUGCAUGACUAGUUCGAAAUUCUGAGCAUAGCUUCUCACAAAGAGGAAUGGUGAUAGCUGAGGCAGAAGGACAUCAUAAUUUAGGCAUCCUAUGUUCAAAAUUCUGCAAUACUUGAUGAAUGGCACACUGACAAAUUGCAGUCAGACUGUCGAGACAUGAAAUCGGUCUCCAGCAGUCCAAGCCUGAAGUUUGAGCAGAAACUAACAUCAUCUGAUGAUCAUCUUGUUCAGGAAUUCAGCUUGCUCGGGAAAGUAUUCCAACAGUUCAUCUUCCUAUAGCAGAUCGACCCGCAGAGGAACAAUAUCUUUGCAUUUUCACAAACAUGAAAUAUCUGUGAGUACACCAAGUCUCGAAAGCGUGAACAAUGAUGAUGAGGUGAAAGUAGAUGAUCUCAAUAAAGCAAUGUUUGAUUCUAAGGUUUCUUGUCGUAACCUGGACACGCUAUCUAUCUCUAGCGUUAACAGCAUAAGUGUUGUAUGCUCUCACCAACUUUCAACUGCCUACUUCACCAAACUUGAAACAUUGGAAGUAGUUGGUUGCGGAAAAUUGAGAAACUUGAUGUCUCCAUCAGUGGCUAAAGGUCUUCUGAAUCUCCGAAAGCUAGAGAUAGAAGAUUGUCAAUCAAUGGAAGAAGUGAUCCCAAAAGGAGAAGGAAUCAUGACCUUAUUUCCCCUCUUGAAAUACCUGAUUCUUAGUCGGCUGCCUAAGCUGGGGCAUUUCUUUCUGACAAGAGUGUGCUCUUAAAUUUCUAUU